GCACAGCAUUCAUCUGUCUCCUUAGCCCUCACCUUGCCUUUUUUAGUUUUAAGUGAAAGAGUGACCGAUGACAUGGCUUACCAUGCCGACCUUGCCACUCUGUUAAGGUAUUUGUGGUCAUUUCAGAGGGUGUACAGAAGUCUCCAUUUCAGGCUUGGAAACGGGUUCAUUUGCCUGCUUGUUUUCUGGAAAGGAAGUUAAGAAUGCUGUUAACCCCUCCACUAGAUGCUCAGUUAAAACGUUCCUGCAGUGUGGAAAACCAAUCACAGGGAGCAGGAAGACGGGAAAAUGAGUGGUAAAAACUGGAUAUUAAUUUCUACUACUUCACCCCAAAGCCUGGAAGAUGAAAUUCUGGGGCGACUUCUGAAAAUUCUAUUUGUUUUGUUUGUUGACUUAAUGUCCAUUAUAUAUGUCAUCAUAACUUCCUAAAAACCUGACUUCCUUUACUCUGUGUGUAUGUUUCCAAUGAAAUCCCAGUGAAUAAAGAUCUGCAUUUUAAUGUAA